UGGUUAUCCGUUGUCACGUGAUCCGGUGUUGUGCUUUCGCUUCCCGGAAUCGACUCCUUAAAAUUUGUAAAAAUGAGAGAAUCACCUUUUCCUACAACUUCAUGGGAUUGGCUGCACACAGAUUUGAUUUAGUUAGGUAGGUAGCAUGCCAAUUAUGUCGUCUUAUAUUCAAUGUAUAGGUUCUUGAUAGCUUUCGUGGUCGGUUCAGAGAGAACUUGCUUUCUGAGUUCAAUGUGCUUACUCGACUAGCUAGCUAGCAGUCAAUUUUGCAUUUAUGGAAUCAAAUCUGGCUUUACAGGAAAGCGCAGAUUAUGUAUCGAUACGCCCAGUUUUCCCAUUAGGUUUAAUUGUACCAAACCUAAGACACAUUUACAAUUGAGGUUUUGUGGAGACUAAGAAGCUAAAUACAGCUUUGAACCAAGGAAUUACAACGAAUUCCAUCAUGGACUGGAUGAUGGCCACGUUUUUUAGAAAAUGGUCGCUGUUUACUUUCGCGUUUUUCGUACGAGUUGUUUUGGUUGUUUUUGGAGUUUAUCAAGACAAAACGAUGAUCGUAAAAUACACAGACAUUGACUAUCACGUGUUUACAGAUGCUUCACAAUUCAUCACAGAGGGAGCAUCUCCGUAUCGCAGAGCCACCUACCGCUACACUCCACUACUGGCAUGGCUGCUGACCCCCAACGUCUUCCUCACACCUGUCUUUGGGAAGCUGCUGUUUGUGACGUGCGACGUGGUCUCGUCCUACUUCAUGUACAAUAUCCUGCGAGCUCGGGGAAUGAGCUGCCAGGCAGCCUGCGGGUACUGCUCCCUGUGGCUGCUCAACCCCUUGUCCAUGGGGGUGUCCAGCCGUGGGAACGCUGAGUCCCUGCUGGCCGUGUUGGUCCUGAGCACGCUGAGCUGCAUGGAGCGGAGGCACUUGGCCAAGGCGGCCUUCUUCUAUGGCCUGUCGGUCCACAUGAAGAUUUACCCGGUGACAUAUGCUCUCCCCCUAGCUCUCUCCCUUCGCACACGGGAUAAGGUCAACACUGGUGAGACCAAAAUCCCCAUGGGAAGGAGAAUGGCUAGGUUCCUCCUGGGACUCCUAAACAGGGACCUGCUGCAGUUUUUUUCUAUAGCAGGAGGAGUCUUCUGUGGGCUCACCCUCCUGUUUUACCACAUGUAUGGCUGGGAGUUCCUGCAGGAAACGUACCUUUACCACCUGACGAGGAGAGACAUCCGCCACAACUUCUCUCCCUACUUCUACAUGCUGUACCUGAUGGCCGAGAGCAGCUGGAGCCUGGCGCUGGGCCUGGCUGCCUUCCUGCCUCAGCUGGCUCUUCUCCUGCUGGCAUCCCUGGCCUUCCACUCUGACCUGGCCUUCUGCUGCUUCCUGCACACUGCCAUCUUUGUCAGCUUCAACAAAGUCUGCACCUCCCAGUACUUCCUGUGGUAUCUGUGCUUGCUGCCUCUUGUCCUGCCUCGUCUUACGCUGUCCUUGAAGCAGGGAUUGGGUCUGCUUGUGCUGUGGUUUGCCGGACAGGGGAUUUGGUUGGCACCAGCAUACUAUCUGGAAUUUGAAGGGCAGAACACUUUUGUUCUAAUUUGGCUUGCUGGCUUACUUUUCCUGGCAAUAAACACUUUCAUACUGGUACAGAUAAUUUCCCAUUAUAAACAAGAAGACAUUUGGCAUAUCCAGAAAUUGGACUAAUACAAAGAAGCCUCUGGAAGUUUCUGCUGUACUUGUGGGUUGUAUUAUCUGGUGGAGAAGUGGUUUCAGUACAUCUACUGACUUAAAAAACGGUAUUACUUUUGAAAUGUGUUUGUUUUAUAUUACUUUUUUGUAUGUUGGGUUUAUGGCCUACCAAAGGGCAUUGCACUCAAGGUCUAAGAUCAAUUUGUUUAUAUGUUAAUAUUAAUAUAAAAAUAAACCUUCCGAUGAAGGCAGUUGUGUCCAA